AUGUCUGGCACAAUACGAGGUGUCGCAGCGAACCACUUCCGGGGCUUGCUCACGCGGUGGCCGAAGGACGUCCUCCGACCCGAGUGCCAGCUACAGGAUGUCCUCGCCAAGCGGCAGGAGAUGGGCCAUCUUGCGUCCACCCCGAAAGGCCUCACGCAGGAACAGGCCGACUUGAAGCAGGCCAAUGCGCUGUACUCGCUACUCGAGGACCGGUACAAGAACAAGUACCGCGCGCCCCCCAGCAUGUUCGAACCUAAGAGUAACCCGACUUACUACAAGGACCUUGUCAAGGAGUUGGAGGAGGCGCCGCACCGGUCAUGGCUGGGCAGGCUGGCGAAGAGGCUGAGCGGGAUGGUCCGCUUCGCAUGACGGAGCGAGAACUGGAACGACACAACAUGCAUGGUCACGGCGUUUGGAGUCUUUGGAAUCCAUAAGAGGUAGGCGGCAUCAAAAUCUUCAAGAUCCGACAUGUACAGAUACACAUAUUAUCUACCAUACAAAUCGGGGGUAUAACUCGCCCGCUCCAACCCAACACAGCAAGCACACCCAUAACGCCCAGCCCCUCUGUCCGCGUUUUCCCUUCCACGAGAUCAAAGAUACUUCCUCUCCGGAUCCAACCGAUCCAUAAACUCCAUACUCU